AUCAAGAUUUAAGAUUGUUAUUAUGGGAGAUAAUGAUGUAGGAAAAUCUUCAAUAUUGAAAAGGUUUGUAGAAGAUACUUGGAGUGAUGAAAAACCUGAAAACCAAUUUAAAGGAGUUUAUAUUAAUAAAGAAAUAACUGUAAAUAAUCAUACAAUUAAAUUUGAUAUUGUUGAUCUUGCUUUUGAUGUUGAAGCUACUGCAUCUGAUUUUUCAGGAGCAAAAGCAAGUAUUGCAGUAUUUGAUUAUUCAUCACCAGACACAGUUCAAGGUGUACGUAGUUUCAUUGGGUUUACUACUAGAUUUGUUUCUGAUGAUAAAUUCUUUACAUGUAUUGUAGGUAAUAAAGCUGAUUUGGAAAAGAAAGUUGAGGAAUCUGCAAUUGAGGCUAUUAAAACAUCAUUAAAUAUUUCAAAAGUAUAUGAAUGUUCUGCUAAAACAGGUGCUGGAGUGAAAGAAAUGUUUGAAGAUAUUGCUAAGAAUCUUAUUGAACUUAACGCACCUGUUGAUAAUAAAAAAGAGAAAAAAGCUAAGAAAGAAAAGAAAAAAGGAUGUUUACUACUUUAA